AUGCUCCUUUCCCGUGUCGGUAGACGGUGUUACAGCUCCGCGGCAGAUGUUGAUAAGCUGUUGAAGUUGUAUCCGAGCGCAAAAAACGCCACACCGUACCAGAUUUUGGGAAUGAAGGAAGAGAACUGUAUGCCCGAUAAGCUCAAAAGACGGUUUUACGAGCUCGCCAAGGUGUAUCACCCUGAUUCAAGUGUCGAUGUGUUGACCUCAGAGGUGAGGGAACGGCGUUUCAAGCGAAUUUUGGCCGCAUACACACUGUUGAAAAAUCCACAAACCAGACGCAACUACGAUAGCUACGGGAUCGGUUGGGAAGACAACUCACAGAGUUUCUACCGUCCUAAAACUGCUCCCCAGAGCGCCCCUUACCAUGCUACGGAGUAUGGAACUUGGGAGGACAAGUGGUACAGCCACAGACACGGAUACGGAUACGGGUAUCAUUCAGACGGCGACUGGAAAGAUAUGGGUCCGGAUGCUUCCAAUAUGGAGACGUUCGCACGCAAUAGACGCACAAUCUUAUUCACACUUAUGACUAUGACAGGCAUCUACACAGCGCUACAGUUUGCGCACAUUAUCUUCUACGACGACUACAUCGGAGGGGUCUAUCAUGAGUCUCUCAUGGCGCGGAUCCGGAUGACGGAGAAGUCGCACCACGAUUUGAUGGACGCUAAAGCAAAUUAUGGAUACGGAGAUGGCAAACAAGAACGGAUUGAGCGUUUCUUGUGGUUUAGGCAACUCACCUGGUUGCUGGGAGAAGAUAAACGAACCUAA